AUGGAGAACUACCAGAAAAUCGAGAAGAUUGGGGAGGGAACCUACGGUGUCGUCUACAAAGCUCGCGACCUUACACAUCCUACCCGCAUCGUGGCGCUGAAGAAGAUUCGCCUUGAGGCCGAGGAUGAAGGUGUGCCAAGUACUGCCAUUCGCGAAAUAUCGUUGUUGAAGGAGAUGAAUGAUCCAAACAUCGUCCGCUUGCUUAACAUCGUGCACGCCGAUGGCCAGAAGCUGUACCUGGUCUUCGAAUACCUAGAUCUUGAUCUGAAAAAAUACAUGGAAGCACUUCCAAUUAGUGAUGGGGGCAAGGCAAAGGCAUUCCCAGAAGGCUCAGGGCCGGACCUUGGGAGGUUGGGUCUCGGUGAAGCGAUGGUCAAAAAGUUUAUGAGCCAGCUCAUCGAGGGCGUGAGAUACUGUCAUAGUCAUCGAGUGCUACAUCGGGACCUGAAGCCUCAGAACUUGCUUAUUGACCGAGACGGAAAUUUGAAGCUCGCCGAUUUUGGACUGGCACGCGCAUUCGGCGUGCCAUUGCGCACAUAUACACACGAGGUGGUUACUCUGUGGUACCGAUCACCCGAGAUACUUCUCGGUGGUCGUCAGUACUCAACUGGUGUCGAUAUGUGGUCUGUUGGCUGUAUAUUUGCGGAGAUGUGCACGCGAAGGCCGUUGUUCCCUGGCGACUCUGAGAUCGAUGAGAUAUUCAAAAUAUUCCGACUUCUAGGGACUCCUACUGACCAAGAUUGGCCUGGUGUGACUUCCUUCCCUGACUUCAAGCCAUCAUUCCCAAAGUGGUCCCGAGACCCAUCAAGAGCCCUCGUUAAUGGAUUGGACGACAACGGACUUGACCUUCUCGAUGCUAUGCUCGUCUACGAUCCAGCCGGCCGUAUCUCUGCAAAGCAGGCUUGCACUCAUCCCUAUUUUGAGGCUGGAAGCUCUGCAUACUCCGGCAGAGGGAGGGGCACCAAUGGGUUUCACUGA